AUGAGUACCCCAUUAGGUCGAGUACCCCUUAGGCCGAGUAUCCAUCAGGGCAAUGAACAGGCUGAGUACACCCUCAGGCCGAGUACCCAUCAGGCCAAUGAACAGGUCGAGUACCCCAUAGGCCGGGUACCCUCCCCACCACUUGAAGACAGGAUUCGGUCAUCACUAGACAUAAAUUCUGAAGCUGCAAAAAGAGGAAGGCUGAACCUCUUCCCUGGCUACAUGGAAAGAUAUAAAAAUUUGGCUUCACGGGAAGCUACUAUUAAGUAUCUUGAGUUGGCCAAGAAUCAUGGUCUAACUCCUGUUCAGCUUGCACUUGGAUUUGCGAGAGAUCAUCCAUUCAUGACAAGUACAAUUAUUGGUGCAACCUCUGUGGACCAGCUAAAAGAGGACAUUGAUGCUUUUACAUCAACUGAGAGACCUUUACCGGCAGAAGUCAUGACAGAUAUUGAAACUGUCUUCAAGAGAUACAAAGAUCCUGCCAUUUUUUAAUGAUUAAAAAUAGAGAGUGAAUAAAAUAAUUGAAUUUUAAUAUAUACAUUAAAACUAGGAUUUACAGUAACUGUCUGCAUUCCUUACCUGAAUUACAGAAAUGUUAUUAGGAUUUACAUUUUUGUUAAUUAAGUCUCUAGUAUUAACUGGUAGUCAUUUUUAUGGUUUAGAUGACAUUCUUACCUUUAUUUCA